AUGGCCGCCGCCAUCUUGCGACGGGCACGCUCCCGCCGGCGCCGCCGCCCGCGUCGUCCGGAGCGCGCCCACGCGGCCCGGACGCUGCCGGAAGUGCCGCGCGAGUCGCGGGGCCGGGAAGCAUGGCGGGCGCGCGGGCGCGGCGGCGGCGGGCGCGCGGCCCGGGGAGCGGCCCGGGAGCCGGAGCCGGCGCCUGCGGAGCGCCCUCCCUCCGGCGCCCCUACUCCCCGCCCCGCGGGUGGCAGCGAUUCCGGCCUCUCGGACAGCGAGGAGAGCGUGUUCUCGGGCCUGGAAGAUUCGGGCAGUGACAGCAGCGAGGACGCCAGCGCCGAAGGACAGGAUGGCGCCGGCAGCUCUGAGGGCCACGGCGUCCUGGGGGAGCUCCCGGGACAGCAGGCCCCGAGGACAGAGGUGCCGCGCGCGCAGGACCGGGACGAGUACGCGGAGGACAGCUCCGACGAGGAGGAUGUGCGGAACACGGUGGGCAACGUGCCCCUGGACUGGUACGCGGACUUCCCCCACGUGGGCUACGACCUGGACGGCAGGCGCAUCUACAAGCCCCUGCGCACCCGCGACGAGCUGGACCAGUUUCUGGCCAAGAUGGACGACCCGGACUACUGGCGCACCGUGCAGGACAGGAUGACCGGGCACGACGUGCGGCUGACGGACGAGCAGGUGGCCCUGGUGCACCGGCUGCAGAGGGGCCAGUGGGAUGUGAACUUUGACCCCUAUGAGCCCGCCGUGGACUUCUUCAGCGGGGACCUCAUGAUCCACCCGGUGACCAACCGCCCGGCCGACAAGCGCAGCUUCAUCCCUUCGCUGGUGGAGAAGGAGAAGGUCUCCCGCAUGGUGCACGCCAUCAAGAUGGGCUGGAUCCAGCCGCGCCGGCCCCGCGACUCUGCGCCCCGCUUCUAUGACCUGUGGGCCCAGGAGGACCCCGACGCCGUGCUCGGCCGCCACAAGAUGCACGUGCCGGCCCCCAAGUUGGCGCUGCCCGGCCACGCCGAGUCCUACAACCCGCCCCCCGAGUACCUGCCCAGCGAGGAGGAGCGCCGGGCGUGGAUGCAGCAGGAGCCCUCGGAGCGGCAGCGCAGCUUCCUGCCGCGCCGGUUCGCCAGCCUGCGGGCCGUGCCCGCCUACGGCCGCUUCGUCCACGAGCGCUUCGAGCGCUGCCUCGACCUGUACCUGUGCCCGCGGCAGCGCAAGAUGCGGGUGAACGUGGACCCCGAGGACCUCAUCCCCAAGCUGCCGCGCCCGCGGGACCUGCAGCCCUUCCCCACGUGCCAGGCCCUGGUCUACAGGGGCCACGGCGACCUCGUCCGCUGCAUCAGCGUCUCCCCCGGCGGCCAGUGGCUGGCUUCGGGCUCGGACGACGGCUGCGUGCGGCUCUGGGAGGUGGCCACCGCCCGCUGCAUGAAGACCCUGCCCGUGGGGGGGGUGGUGAGGAGCGUGGCCUGGAACCCGCACCCCGCGGUCUGCCUGGUGGCCGUGGCAGUGGAGGACGCCGUGCUGCUGCUGAACCCGGCCCUGGGGGACCGGCUGGCGUCGGGCAGCACUGACCAGCUGCUGAGCGCCUUCGCCCCGCCCGAGGAGCCUGUGCGGCAGCCGGCCCGCUGGCUGGAGGCGUCGGAGGGGGAGCGGCAGGAGGGCCUGCGGCUGCGCAUCUGCCACGACCAGCCGGUGACUCAGGUGACCUGGCACGGGCGUGGGGACUACAUGGCCGUGGUGCUGGCCACCUCGAGCCACACCCAGGUGCUGAUCCACCAGCUGAGCCGGCGCCGCAGCCAGAGCCCCUUCCGCCGCAGCCACGGGCAGGUGCAGCGCGUGGCCUUCCACCCCACGCGGCCCUUCCUGCUCGUGGCCGCGCAGCGCAGCGUCCGCCUCUACCACCUGCUGCGCCAGGAGCUCACCAAGAAGCUGCUCCCCAACUGCAAGUGGGUGUCCAGCCUGGCCGUGCACCCCGCAGGUGACAACAUCAUCUGCGGCAGCUACGACAGCAAGCUGGUGUGGUUCGACCUAGACCUGUCCACCCGGCCCUACCGGGUGCUGCGGCACCACCGGAAGGCGCUGCGCGCCGUGGCCUUCCACCCCCGCUACCCGCUGUUCGCGUCGGGCUCGGACGACGGCAGCGUCAUCGUCUGCCACGGGACGGUGUACAGCGACCUGCUGCAGAACCCGCUGCUGGUGCCCGUGAAGGUGCUCAAGGGGCACGCGCUGAGCCGGGACCUGGGCGUGCUGGACGUGGCCUUCCACCCCAGCCAGCCCUGGGUCUUCUCCGCCGGCGCGGACGGCACCGUCCGCCUCUUCACCUAGCCGCCCCCACGGCGGGCCCGCCCGCCCCAAUACAGGCCUCCC